UCCGCGCAAUCGAACGGAUGCAGCUCCGCUCGUCAUGGUGCCAUGGUGCACCGGGUGCACCCACCGCAGAGGAUGUCGCAAAACCGUCGCCCCACGCCCGUACGCCACGCGACCCGCGGCCCACUGUCUGUGUUGGGACGACGCAACCACCUGAGCGCGGAACUCCUCUCCUCCUCCCCUCCCCUCUCUCCGCGCGGAGCCAGCCAGGGAAGGAGCAGGAGCAGGAGCAGCGACCAGGGCGGAGCACGCGAGGCAUGGAUAGAUACCAAAGGGUAGAGAAGCCUCGUAAUGAGACACCAAUUAGCCAGAAUGAGAUCAGGAUCACUACACAGGGGAGGAUGAGGAGCUAUAUCAGCUAUGGGAUGGCGUUGCUUGAGGAAAAUGGCCAUGAUGAGAUUAGUAUCAAGGCCAUGGGACGGGCCAUAAAUAAGACAGUUAUGGUUGCCGAAUUGAUCAAGAGAAGGGUUGUUGGCCUUCAUCAGAAUACAUCUACUGAAUCUGUUGAUAUCACCGACACAUGGGAGCCUUUGGAAGAAGGCCUUCUCCCCCUGGAGACGACUCGCCAUGUAUCCAUGAUCACGGUAACAUUGUCCAAGAAAGUGCUUGAUACAUCAUCUCCAGGGUACCAGCCACCUAUCCCAGCUGAAGAGGUGAAACCUGCUUUUGACUAUGAUCAUGAAGAAUCCUAUCCCACUGGUCGUGGAAGAGGUCGUGGUGGUGGGAGAAGAGGCAGGGGAAGAGCUAUGAACAAUGGCCCCCCUCCCCCUGCUUAUGAUUACAAUGAAGAGUGGGAGGAUGAAAGAGAUUAUUACAGUAAAGAGCGAGGGAGAGGAAGAUCACGAGGGAUAGGAGGGAGAGGGCGGGGCUACUAUGGAGGUGGCAGGCGUGGUGGUUAUGGCUAUGAUUAUGGUUAUGGCGGCAGAGGCGGGUACUAUGUAGAGCAAGAUGAAUACUAUGAUGGUGAGCCCGAAGAAUAUGCUCCCCCAGGCCGUGGGCGUAGCAGGGGAAGAAGGGCGCCUUUCCGCGGGCGAGGCCAUGUCCGUGGCCGGGGAGGUUAUUAUUAGAUGAAAACGGUACAUGCCAAAUGGGUAUGCUGAAGCUAGCGCUGCUGGUGUGCUUAACUCUCUGGUAGCCUUUGCUCCCUAUGCUCUUCUAUGGUGUUCCUCGGACCUGAAUCUCCCCAUGCCCUUCAGAUGUUCCUUUUGGUGCUGUGCGACUUGUUGCGCAAAUUUUGUGGCUCAUUCGUGGUUUUGUAGCUAGGUCAGCCAGUAAAGUUUUCUUGCACUCAGUAGUUUAGUGUUUGCCCCAUCGACAUGUUUGGUCUCCUGUUUAUCUAUCGCCUUAUUUGGUAUC